CGCCGUCGGGGGCGGGCCCGCGGCACAGCCAUGGCGGCUCCCGUCGUGCCGCAGAGCAACAGCAUCCGCAGGGCCGUGUCGCUGCUCAACGCCGUGGACCCAGGCCGGUUUCCGCGGCUCCUCUCCCGCCUUCUGCAGAAGCUGCACCUGAAGGCUGAAAGUACCUUCAGUGAAGAGGAGGAAGAAAAACUUCAAAUAGCUUUUUCAUUGGAAAAACAGGAUCUUCAUCUAGUUCUUGAAACUAUAUCAUUCAUUUUGGAACAGGCAGUUUAUCACAAUUUGAAGCCUGCUUCACUGCAACAGCAGCUACAAAGCAUUAACCUGGAUCAAGACAAAGCUGAAGCAUUUACUAGUGUGUGGGCAGCUGCAGGUCAAGAUACGAUUGAAAAGUUCAGGCAGAGGGUUUUAACCCCUCAGAAGCUUGAGACAGUUGGAUGGCAGCUUAAUCUUCAAAUGGCAGAGUCAAUGCAAGCAAAGCUGAAGUCUCCUCAAGCUGUGCUAGAGCUGGGAGUGAGCAAUGAAGAUUCAAAGAACCUGAAGAAGGUGUUUGUAGAAUUUAGCCAUCAGGAGCUGUUUGAGUUCUACAACAAGCUGGAAACUAUACAAGCACAGCUGGAUUCCCUUACAUGAUGUUUUUGAAGACUUAUUUCUCCAUUACUCUCCUGCCAUCUCAUUAUUUUGAACUGAAGAUAGAUUGCCAAGCUGUGUUUCCUGAAGGAUUCAGCACAGGUUGUUUCUUGUAAAAUUAUGUGGCUUACCUGCUUUUCAGAUCAGUACCACAAGCUAAGAGUCUGUGUCAAGGGUCUGAAGAUUCUAAUGGACUUUCUCUUGUUUGCUUAACAGCUGUGAAAAAUGUCCUCUUUACUUACAGUGGGGAAACACUCUGCCCAAUUCCUCUGCCCCACAAAUAAUGCUACCCUGCUUCAGAAAUAUUUUUUUCAUUUUAUUAUGCAUGUUACUUGGUUCUGGUAGAAACAUACAUGUUAGUGAGAGACCAGUAAAAAAACCCCUCUUUUGCAGACAUAAUUAUAGAAGUUGCUUACAACUUCUAUACACAGCUAAUAAAGUCUCUAUCCUUUUAAAACAAUAUUCACACAAUUGAUAAUGCUUGUUGCAGAUUUGUCAAAUUCAGAAUUUUGAAAGUUUAUUUUGGGGCUAGUCACACUUCAUUUCAUUAUCUUUGUUCUGUUUUGGUUUGGUAGGGUUUUUUCUUUGAAAUAAUCAAAAACAUCUCUGAUUUCAGUGUUUACUCUUGGCACUAAAAAUAAACAUGGUUUCUUAGCA